AUGCCAGAGACUGAUGAACGAGAAGAUGAUGAGGUACACUAUGAAGAGCCCAACGAGCUUGUGCAGUCAGACAAUAAUUCUGAUGAUGAGGUUGAUGAAGAUGACACAUAUCUACAACAGAACGUCAUUGCUAGUUAUGAUGUUUAUUUGGAGGAAGCUACAGCCUCAACGUCGACGUCGACAAGUUCACAGAAUAGUUGUGCACGAGAACUGGCUCUUUCUGGGUCUUCAUCUUAUGCAGUGUUCAAUCAGCAGUUUACCUUGACGUGUACAGUGACACAAGCUGCUGGUCUUGGUGAUACCGUACAAUUCUUUUACAAUGCAUCUACUGAUGUAUUUGCUUCCCUGUACCAGAAUGGUGACUCAUGUGAUGAGUUUAGUGGUCCCAGCCUACCAUCUGAUUACUCCGUAUCCUGUGGAAGUGGAACAGACAGCAGCUCGUCCACCACAAAGAAGUAUACUCUGAAGAUCAACAGAGUCGCAGACAGAGAUGCCAUAGGCUGGUGGUGUAUACUGAGUUCAGAGACAAUACGCAGCAACGUAUAUUAUCUGCAGCUUAGAAAAGAUGUGCCUGGGCCAAAACCCUGUGACUGGUGUAUCGGACUUUCUGUUGUGAUUUCCAUUCUGAUUGUGGCAGGAAUUGGUCUUAUUGCUAUUUUCCUGGUCAGUGAUGCGUCCCGGAAGAAGAUCCUAAUUAAACCUCUACUAGCAGUGGGUGGAAUUCUUCUGAUAAUGGCCAUUGUUGUUGCAGGCCUACUGGGCACCCAGACAGAUGUUGACCAAGGUACUGGAGUGUGGAUUGCUGCAGUUGUGUUCUGUGGCAUUGGUUUUCUGGUUGGCAUCAUCUUGGUUGGAGUGUGGCUGCGUCACAAAACUGGUAAAGCGGAUUCUGGAAGUGUCAAUGAUAAGCCAACAAACACACCUGGACAGCCAACAGAACUUCAUUCUACAAAUGCACAUCGACAGCCAUUGGAUGCUAACAGUGAAACGAUCAACAAGCCUCCUAAAUAAGACAAAGAACAGUAUCCGAAUAUGAAAGUUUUCAAUAAGAGAUCAAUGAGAUUAAUAACAUGGAUUCUGCAGAAAGUGAUCUUCAACAAAGGAACAUUUACAUUGGCUGUCUUUGGGUGGGAAUAUUCAAGAUUGGCUGUCUUUGGGUGGGAAUAUUCAAGAUUACUGGUGACUCUAGUGUUACUGUAAACAUUUUACACUGGAUGUCUUUGGGUGGGAAUAUUCAAGAUUACUGAUGGCUCUAGUGUUAUGGCAAACAUUUUAUAUUGGAUGUCUUUGGGUGGGAAUAUUCAAGAUUACUGAUGACUCUAGUGUGUUACUGUAAGUGUUUUACAUUUAUUCAUCCUAACACAGCAUCACAACCAAAAGAAUGAAAAUAUAGAACAUCCAUUAUAAAAUUUCUCAAAAAUAAAGUUGACCCAAACAUGCAAGUACUUUUGUUAUUCUCAGUAGAAGAAUGAUGUACAAGUUUGUUUGAGGUGACAAGUUUGUGUUAUGCUAGUUGUCUAAAAUAUACCCCAGUGUUAAAGAGUACACCCAUUUUACUCACCAAAAAAUGCCCACUAUCUUUAACUUUGGCCAUUUCAGGUUAUUUUGAAUUAUAACAGGGGGGGUUAUAUUAUCUGUAUACAUUAAAUAGUCUUCUAAUAAUAACACCGGCAGAGAAAUAAAAUUAUUAGGCUAUAGAUGUGAUGUUUUUCCUGACAUUUAACAUUGUUUUAAGAAAAUGAAGUUUAAUUUUUUUUUUAUAAUAAUAUAAAUAUACAUGUAUUUUGAAAUGAAAAUGUUUACAUACUCGUACUUUUCAUGUGAAAUGUUAUAUUAAGAAUUGAAAAUUUAAAUAUUCAAAUUGUAGGGGAAAAAAUCAAUGUACAAAGGCCAAAAUUUACAUAGCCUAUUUUUCUUAAAGGGACAGUCAACUCAAACAAGUCUUAUGUGU